AUGGGUCCCGCGGUGUUCACCGAGCUCGCGCAGCCCGCGUACGCGCGCGACCCCGACGACGACGGCGCGCACCCGGUGUCCGCGCUGCCCCCGGCGGCGCAGCUGGCGCUGCCCGUGCUCGAGCUCGUGGCGGCGGACGAGGGCGCCCACCCCAACCCUUGGACCGAGCCGCUCGAGAUUAAUACCGUGGCGGAGCGGCGCGCGCGCAUGUGGCACCAGCUGCGCGUGGCGUGCGAGAAGGUGACUAACGCGCGGGCGCAAGAGGUGGAGCGGCGAGCAGAGGCGGACGCACAAGCGAGUGCUGGCGGGGCAGCAGCAGUCGCGGGAGCAGCGCACGGGGCCAGCAGCGCCGUGCCUCCGUCCCCUCACUCCCCCGACCCCGCUACUAGCGCCGUUGCGGGCGGCGCGGCUGCGCCAUUCACAGCAGCAGGCGCGCGUGGCGUGCCGCCCGGGCUGCUGCAGUUCGCGCGCACCGUCGCGCGCCUCGUGGGGUUGGGGGGAGGCGCGCGCGUGGCGCCGGAGUGGAUGGCGGAGGACGGGGGGAGGGCGGAGGCGGAGAAGACAGACGAGGGCCGGGGCGAGGGGCAAGAGGGAGUGGACGGGGCACCUGAACUCACGCCCUCUGCUGCUGCUGCUGGCGCUGCUGGUGGCAGUGCUGUUGAAGGGCUUUCAGCGCACAAUAAUGAGGAUGCUCCUAGCGGGGUGGAGGAAGGGCAGGCAGCAGCGAGGGGCGGAAGGCCGACGUUUCAGCAGUGGCAGCAGGGGGGCGCGCAGGGGGGUGUGCAAGGCGGAGGGGGGGCGGGGAGGGGCAUGAGGGUGGCGGUGGGCAUGCAGGUGCAGCUGCCUCGCUCCGUGUCGCCCCACGUAAGGGCCUCCGUCACUCCUCGCUCUGCCCGCCUUCGGCGCCGCGUCGCCACAGCGGUGGGGGCGGAUGGGCCAGCAGGGCUGGGCAGCCCGGGGGGCGGCGAUGAGGGCGCGCGCAGCAGGGGCGUGGGGGGGCUGGCGGACGUGGCGGAGGAUGUGAGUGUAUCGAGGGGCGGGGGCAGAGAGGGGGAGAGGGCGGGGUCGUGGGGCGUGCUGCUGGGGGGCGUGGGUCUGGUGCAGCAGCGCGAGGCACGGGAGCGCGAGUGGGCGCGCGAGGCAGCAGCAGCGGAGGCGCAGGCAGCAGCGCUGGCAGCAGCAGCGGCGGCGCAGAGAGCGGCGGUGGCGCGGAGGAAAGCCGGGCUGGACGGGCUUGAGGUGGCCGUGGGGGCGGGCGAGGGCGCUGCCGGGUCAGGGGCCGCGGGUGCGGUGGGGGCAGAGGGUGGGUGGGGCGUGGUGGGGUUCAUUCAGGUUGGGGGGGAGGGCGGUGGGGAGGAGCAGGAGCGGCGGCUGGAGGUGGCGUGUGCCAUCCGCGUGCGCGACACGGCCUCGGGCCAGGAAUACCUCGUGGAGCACCCAGCGCUGCUGCUCUGGGGGGGGGAGGAAGGCGCUGGUGGGGCAAUGGGCACGGAGGGCGUGCGGUGGGGCUUUGGGGGGAAGGCAAUGAGGGGGCGAGGGCAGGCGGGGGCGUCCACCGGUGGGGGGAGUGUGGGCGGUGCGGGGGUUGAGGGCGUGGCGGAUGGGGAGAAUGUGGCAGCGCUGCUGGCUCUGAGGGCCGUGCGGCAGGCGGUGCGCGAGGAGAGGGUGGUGGAGCGGCGGCGCAAGAAGAAGACCCCCCUGGCGCCCACAGCCGCUGCAGCUGGUGGCAUGGUGGGUGCAGGCGAGGGCGAGGAGAGGCCAGCAGAGGGCGCAGUGGAAGGGAAAGGGAGUGCUGCAGCAAGUAGCAGUGCACGGGACAGAGGCGCCGUGGGGAGUGAUAGGGAGGGCGGUGAGAGGGAAGGGAAGGCGGAGAAGGAGGGGAGGGAUGGCGGAGAGGUGGGUGCGGUUGAGAGUGGUGAGGAGGGGUCGGACGCGGAGUACCGUGAAGGGGUGCGGUUUGUGAGUGCUCGGCGGGAAACCCUGGGGCUGACAGAUGAUGAUGAUGAGGGCGAUGUGGCGCGCAGCGAGGUGUUCGCUGAUAUCGAGGAGGCGGGAGAGGAGGAGGAGGGGGAUGAGGAAGAGGAGGAGGAGGAGGACGAGGAGGAAGAGGAAGGAGACGAAGAGAGGGAGGGGGUUUCGUGGGGGAAGAGGGAAGCGGAAGUGGGGGGGAAAGGGGGCGGGGAGGGGGAGCGGGAGGGGCAGCGUGGCGACAAGAGUGGGUCACCGGAGGAGAGUGGGAAGAAGUCCAGGUGGGGGCGAAGGGCGGGUAAGAGCAAGGCCAGUGCAGGGGUGGGGGGAAGCGAGGAGGGGAUGGACGGGGAGGAGGGUGGAGAGGGCAGCAAGGAGGAGCGGGGCGGCGUGGAGGAUGGGGGGGAGGGUGGCGGGCAGGGCCGGCCCAAGUCGAGCCGUGGGCGCGGGUGGCUCAAGGCCAUCCGCCGUGCUGCUGGGUACGGCAGUGGUAGUGGCAGUGGCAGCGGGAAGGGCAAGGAUGGCGGCAAGAGUAAGGGGGGGCAGGGGGAGGACAAAGAGGGCGGUGUGGGGGUUGGAGGGGGAGCGGUGGGGGGGGAGGGCAACGGGGAUGGGGGCGGAUGGUCGGGGGAGGGAGAGAGGCCGGGGGAGCCAUCAGUGCAGGCAGGGGAGCGCUCAGACCAGCCACCUGCCGGACCUCUGGGAGGCUCGGGCCUAACCUCAUCCGGACUAGCAGGCUCGGGGCCAGGCACGGCGAAGACAGCAGCAGCAGGGGCGGCAGCAGGCGGGGGUGGUGGGGCGUUGGGCGCUCCUGCGGUGGGGCCGGUGAGGGUGAAGGUGUCGGCUGUGAGGAAGCCCGCCCGCCAGCUGUCCGACCUGUGGCUGCGCCAGGAGGUGCGCGGCGCGCACGACGGCGCCGUGUGGGUGGCGCGCUUCAGCUGCUGCGGGCGCUACCUCGCCACGGGCGGGCAGGACGGCGCCGUGCGCGUGUGGCGGGUGGAGGGGGCGCCAGGGGGGGUGGGCGAGGGGAGUGGCGCCGCGGACGAGGUGGUGGUGGGCACGUGGGAGCGGCGUGGGGGGCGGCUGGGUGGGGGAGGGGGCAGUGGAGGGGUGGAGGUUGGGGGGGGGAGCACAGGAGGUGCGACGGUGAAGGGGUGGGAGGAAGCGCAGGUGCGGGUGAGAGGGUACCCACGGGAGCGGUCGGAUGGCACGCCGGCAUUCGCAUCGGAGGAGAUGGCCCCGCCUGCCCUCCCCCACGCGGCGUCGCUGUCGUCUGGCUUCCGCUCCGUGCCCUCCUCCCCCAUGCACCCCCUGCUGCGCCCCUCCUCUGCCGCCCCCCACGCACCUCCAGAGGCAGCGCCACGCGGCCGCGCGGGUGGCAGUGGCAGCGGAGGCGGGGGUGGCGGGGCGAGCAUGGGGCGGGCGGUGGCGCUGUUCCGGCUGCAGGAGGCGGCGCUGUGCUGCUUCACGGGCCACUCUGCUGACGUGCUCGACCUCGCCUGGGCGCCCAACGGGGUGCGCCCCUCCCCACGCCUCUCAUGCCGCCCCUCAUGCCGCCCCUCCCCACGCCCCUCCCCACACCCCUCCUCCACGCCCUUUCCCAUGCUCCUCCCCAUGCCCCUCCUCAACACCUGCCUCAGUGAUCCUCUUUUCUCUCCCUCCUUGCCAGACCCACUGUUCACAUAUCCAUGCAUACAAGACCUCCCAUCGCCGUCCCCAUGCACGUGUGCCCCUCCGUCUCCUCCCCCCCCUCCCAAUGCAGCGCCCGCUGCUGGUGUCGGCAUCAGCGGACAGGACGUGACGGCGGUGGCGUUCCACCCGCGGCAGGCGAAUGUGUUUCUGACGGGGGCGCUGGAUGAGAGGGUGCGCGUGUGGGCGGCAGCGCAGGGCGCCGUGCUGGACUGGGUGGACGUGGGCGAGAUGGUCACUGCCGCCGCCUUCAUGCCUGAUGGCCAGGUGCGUGCCUUCACCCCUGACGCCCAGGUGCGUGCCUUCACCCCUGACGCCCAGGUGCGUGCCUUCACCCCUGACGCCCAGGUGCGUGCCUUCACCCCUGACGCCCAGGUGCGUGCCUUCACCCCUGACGCCCAGGUGCGUGCCUUCACCCCUGACGCCCAGGUGCGUGCCUUCACCCCUGACGCCCAGGUGCGUGCCUUCACCCCUGACGCCCAGGUGCGUGCCUUCACCCCUGACGCCCAGGUGCGUGCCUUCACCCCUGACGCCCAGGUGCGUGCCUUCACCCCUGACGCCCAGGUGCGUGCCUUCACCCCUGACGCCCAGGUGCGUGCCUUCACCCCUGACGCCCAGGUGCGUGCCUUCACCCCUGACGCCCAGGUGCGUGCCUUCACCCCUGACGCCCAGGUGCGUGCCUUCACCCCUGACGCCCAGGUGCGUGCCUUCACCCCUGACGCCCAGGUGCGUGCCUUCACCCCUGACGCCCAGGUGCGUGCCUUCACCCCUGACGCCCAGGUGCGUGCCUUCACCCCUGACGCCCAGGUGCGUGCCUUCACCCCUGACGCCCAGGUGCGUGCCUUCACCCCUGACGCCCAGGUGCGUGCCUUCACCCCUGACGCCCAGGUGCGUGCCUUCACCCCUGACGCCCAGGUGCGUGCCUUCACCCCUGACGCCCAGGUGCGUGCCUUCACCCCUGACGCCCAGGUGCGUGCCUUCACCCCUGACGCCCAGGUGCGUGCCUUCACCCCUGACACCCAGGUGCGUGCCUUCACCCCUGACGCCCAGGUGCGUGCCUUCACCCCUGACGCCCAGGUGCGUGCCUUCACCCCUGACGCCCAGGUGCGUGCCUUCACCCCUGACGCCCAGGUGCGUGCCUUCACCCCUGACGCCCAGGUGCGUGCCUUCACCCCUGACGCCCAGGUGCAUGCCUUCACCCCUGACGCCCAGGUGCGUGCCUUCACCCCUGACGCCCAGGUGCGUGCCUUCACCCCUGACGCCCAGGUGCGUGCCUUCACCCCUGACGCCCAGGUGCGUGCCUUCACCCCUGACGCCCAGGUGCGUGCCUUCACCCCUGACGCCCAGGGCAUAGCAGUGGGGACAGCCAUCGGCAAUUGCCGCUUCUACUCCAUCUCUGGUAACCACAUCAUGCUGCACACGAGAGAACACACGAGACCACGGCGUUCAUGCAAAUUGUCCAUCCUCAUUGCCAGAAUUUUGCAUUUCCGUAACCCCUCUCACCCCUCUCACUGCAUGCACUCGUUCAACUCCUUGACCUGUUUCUCCCCAUACAUGCUCUGCCCGGCAGCUGACGGCGAGCUGAGUCUGGACGAGUCAGUGGAUCUGCGCGGCGCAAAGGCCAAGAAGCUUCCUCCGAAGAAGAUCACGGGCAUCCAGGCGGUGCCGGGGUCGUCCGCCCACGUGCUGGUGUCGGCGGCGGACUCGCGCCUGCAGCUGUACCAGGGCGCGCAGCUCAAGUGCAAGCUGCAGGGCCACAAGAACACCGCCUCGCACCUGGCGGCGGCUGUCAGUGUGGGUGGUGACUUCAUCGUGAUGCCCAGUGAGGACGGCACCAUCUUCCUCUUCAACCCGCCUGGGCUCCUUGCCAAAACCGGACAGCCGAAUGACCGGCAGAAGGCAUACGAGUAUUUUGCGUGCCCGAGCGUGAGCAGUGCAGUGGCAGUGUGGCCGCUGGGGGUGGAGAGGCGGCGAGUGGGCCAGUCGUCGCUGACCUCAGGUGGUGCUGCCAGCGCCUCUCUGCCCGGCCUGUUGCCUGACCAGCCACGUCUCAUCCCCCGGGGGACCAGCUCCGCCUCUCCUGCUGCCACCCUCACGACACGCCCAGGUGCUGCUCCUUCCCCUGCCACUGCUGCAGCGCCUGCCGCUGCCAGCAGCAAUGGCGGCAGCACAGUGGGGCUGUUCUACGGGGGUACGGCUGCCCUCACAGCAGCAGCAGUGGCGCCUUCUCCCUCACCAACAUUGGCGGGCGCGGACUGGGAGCAGAGCAGCCGGGGCAGCCAUGGGGACAGUAAUCCCAGCCGCCCCACCACGAGUGCCAGCGUGGGCGGCAGUGCAGGGCAGCACAGCACGUCCACGGACCUGGGGGGGUCGGGCGAGGCGGACAAGGCGUUGAGGGAGCGAUUUGAAGCUGCUGUGGCCGCCAUCGAUGAUGGCGGGGCAGGCGCUGCGCCUGGCGAUGGUUCGGGACAGGCAGUGCAGGACGGAGGUUGGAGUGUGGCAGCAGCAGAUGGGGGCGCAGCAGCAGCAGCAGGCGCUAGCAAGCCCCCGCUGCACUCUGCUGCCCCAGGGGCGUCACGAAGCCCUCUUCGUCUUUUCUCCCCCUCCUGGGCGGCAAGUGAUGAGCUGGGGGGCGGCGGCAGCAGUGCAGCCGACGGGCUGGAAGCGGCGGCAGCAGCAGUGGCAGGCACAGAGGGGCCAACGCAGACUGUACCAGGUGCUGCAGCACAGGCAGCAGCACAGGCAGCGGGUGGAGCGGCAGCAGCAGCAUCGAGACGGAAAGAGCAGAUGGCAGCCGCCGCAGCAGCUGCCGCACCCACACCACCCAAGGGCAGAGCCGCAGCCACAGGGGGAGGGGCAGGAGGAGGGGCAGGGGGAGGAGGGGGCGAGGGAGGGGGGUGGCAGUGGGGCGAGGGCACGGCAGAGAGGGCGUCGGCACUGGGGCUGGUAAUCGUGGCGGGCAGCUUCAUGGGCGAGCUGAGGGUGUACCAGAACAUGGCCGCCCCCUCCAAGGGGUAG